AUGAACCAACCCUCUUCUUCCGCACCCCCUGCCUCCUCGGCGGGCGCCGUCCCAAAAAUCUUAGCAUUUUUGAACAAGACCCAUCACAAUCAAUUACCACACUGGGUAUUGCUGGCCCGUCUGAGGGCGGGGCCCGCAAAAAAACUAAGACGAAGGAAGCGGCCUGAUAAGGCGAUGAAGAAGGCCGCCAAGGAGGCCGCCAAGGCGAAGAAGGAGAAGGAGGAGGAGGAGGAAGAGGAAGAGAAGGCCAAAAAGGAGAAGGCAGACUUUAUUAUCUAA